GAUGGCGAUUUGUCUGUUAUGUAUGCUCUCGUGGGCCUUUAUGGCAGGUGCUGAACUUCGUUUUGCCUCCUAUUUUGCUGACCACAUGGUAUUGCAGAAAGGUCCAGCUUGUGCAGUUUUAUGGGGCUAUGGAGAAUCUAGUGCCAAUGUAACAGUGAUGGUUUACCAGAGUGACAAUAUUGUUAUGAAAAAAAUGGUACAGGCUGAAGUCUUUAGGAUCUGGAAGGUAGUCCUGACUGCCAUGCCGCAGGGUGGUCCUUAUUCCAUAGUGGUACGUCAGUUCUAUGAAGAUGAGGUUUCCAGCAUUAUGCUGCGAGAUGUCUACUUUGGAGAUGUCUGGCUUUGCAGUGGGCAAAGUAACAUGGAGAUGACAGUUUCUCAGAUAUUCAAUGCCAGCAAGGAGCUCGCACAGGCUUCGCACUUUCCGUAUGUGCGUGUGUUCACAGCUUCUCUUGCUCAGUCGGAAGAGGAACUGCUGGACCUUCCCGAUAUUGAUUUGCAGUGGUCUGUGCCCACAGCCGAAAACUUGGGCCAUGGGGACUUCGGUUACUUCUCUGCUGUGUGCUGGCUGUUUGGACGCUAUCUGUAUGAGACGCUCCAGUACCCCAUAGGGCUGGUAGAGUCCUCCUGGGGAGGGACACCAGUUGAGGCCUGGUCCUCCCGAAGGGCGCUGCGUAAAUGUGGACUCUCAGAGGACCAUAGAAGCUUCCCUGUCUCUCUGGAUUCUGGCCCUAAAGAGUAUUCAGUGCUCUGGAAUGCAAUGAUCCACCCUCUUCUCAACAUGACCUUCCAAGGCGUUGUUUGGUAUCAAGGUGAAGCAAACACUGCAAUGAACACCGAUCUGUACAACUGCACAUUCCCAGCACUCAUUGAAGACUGGCGAGAAACUUUCCAUGAAGGGUCUGUCGGGCAAACAGAGCGGAGCUUCCCCUUUGGCUUUGUCCAGUUAUCUACAGAUCGUCUAGUAGAGAUUGAUGACAGCUUUCCACGUAUCCGAUGGCAUCAAACAGCAGACUACGGCUAUGUCCCUAAUACGAAAAUGCCCAAUACUUUUAUGGCUGUUGCCUUAGACCUCUGUGACGGUUCAUCUCCCUAUGGCAGUAUCCACCCCCGUGAUAAACAGAGCGUGGCCUAUAGAUUGCACCUUGGGGCUCUGGCAGUGGCUUAUGGUAAAGAGAACGUGACCUUCCAAGGCCCAUACCCUGAACAGGUGCUAGUGGAUGCAGCCCUUAAGAUUCUGAAUGUUACCUACAAUCAAAAUAUCCAUCUCCACCACAUGGACAGCAAGGUAUUUGAGGUAUGCUGCUCUGACCCAGCUCUGUGUGAGUGGAACACAAUAGCUAUCAGAACUGCCUCCUUCCGCACAGUUUCUCUACAGAACAUAGCUUGCCCUGAAACAGUGACUGGCCUGCGCUAUGCAUGGACUGAGUGGCCUUGUGACUACAAACAGUGUCCCCUUUACAACUUGCAGUCAUUGCCUGCCCCUCCAUUCAUUUCAUUUUCUCACAAUAACCCUAGUUGGGUUGUGUCAUGAGUGGGAGUGGGUGGUGUCAGACCGAUGAGCUCCUGUUUUGUUCCCAUCCACCACUAUAAAUAAAUAAAUUAACAAAAAGGCUAAUCAAUCCAUGCAGAAUCACUAGACCUACAGGUGGUGGCUGCUAAGAAUUAGUGCUUGCUAUAUUACCUGUACCACCUUGUGCCAAUCAACAAGACACAUUAAAACAAACACUUUAGAGCAGGGGUGUCAAACAUGCGGCCCAGCGGGCAGAUCAGGUCCCCGGAGAGCUUCCACCAG